CUCUCUCUCUCUCUCUUUUUUUUUUUAUUCUGACCUGGCUUUGUAUAUGAGAAUAACUACCCAUAAGUAACUCCUUUUUAGUUGUAAAUUCUACUUUCUUAUUCCUGUCAGCUUGGUCAGUCUUGUGUGGUGGUGGAUUUUUAAAUUAUGGUUAUUUAGUUUCCCUCAUAGUCUCUGAAAAUUAUUGAGCAGUCUUGGAAUCUGAAGGAGAUCUGUUUGGAACUACCCUAUAGAACACUGUAGGAAAGACAUUCUGCUCAACUAAAUUGUAUUCAGAUUUAACAAUACCUCUUUACAGGUCACAGCUCCAUUCCUAAUUAAUAGUUUAGAUUUUUUCUUAUAUGUCUCAUAGCAUGGAAAGUUCUGGUCUGUUUUCCCUAGCUUUUUAUUUAGCUCAAUAUUUUUGCAUUGUUUUUUUUUGUUUUGUUCUUUGCUGAGGGUUAAAUGUACGUUUUAGUAAACUGGAGUUAUAUUUAACUGAUCCAAGAGGCUGAUAUUGUUGUAUUAGAAUUUAAAAAUGCUUAUAAACCAUAUGCGCCUUCCAAAAAAAAAAAAAAAAUCUUGGUCACCUUUUCCCUCAAUGUAGAAUCAUCCUGCUCAAAUUUGAAAAUAGAAAUUAUACUCACAGUUCUUUGUUUUUUGAGGGAGGCUUAAGUUUCUUGAGAGAGAUUGCUAACUUUCCUGCUAAUCUUCAUUUAAAGCACAAGUUCUUAAGCCCGUAGAAUUUUUCAGAUUUGAGUAUGUUUAAGUGUAGUCACCACAUCUAGCCUUUCCUAAUUUAUGUUUCUAGUUUGGAGGAGUUGCUAAAUUUUUUUUUAAUUUGCUUUUAAUAAAAACCUAAAACUUAAUGCAUAGAAUAUGAAAGAGAAAGUUAGUUAAUUCACUUUUCCCUCUAGCACCUAAUAUUUUUUUGUUUCCUUAACUCUCCUUUCCAAAGCACCCCAUGAGCAAUUUGCUGUUUAAUAUAAUACCUUUUGCACUUUGCCAUUUUUAUCGUCAUUUGCACUUAACCAAAAUCAUUCCCUUAUGUAAUCCUAAAAUGAAUUCUAUAUUUUAGCGAUUGUUACUUCACUAGUUUUUUUUAAUACACUAGCUUUUUUGUAAUACAUUCAUAAACCGUAAAUAAACUUGUUUAGAAACGUGUCUAGUCCCUACAACAGGUCUUAACGUUGAAUAGAGUGGAAUCUUCUCGUUGUCCGCGCGCGUCCCGUCAGGCUGCCCGUCAGUGGAGAGGCAGACCCUGCGGCACACCUUUGCUCACGGGAAGGACGUGUCUCUAUUUCACUCCCUGUUGUUGAAAACAGCACCUUGAGAACGGCCUUACCGUGCAUGGAAACGUUUAGCAGCAUUACAUCUCAGUGUGGCGAGUGUUGCUUCUGUAGAGCACCCGGCGAGCCGUGGUGGCAAAGGAAGGCGAUGUGCGGGACAGCUGCCUGGCCGUGCUGCCCCGGCGGGUUCCUCGGGCUGCCGGCCUGACUCGCGGGAAGGAGCGCGGCCGGGCUCGCCCUGGCAGGCGGUCGGCCUUUCUGCAGGCAGCUCUCGUACGGGACUGGCAGUGGUAGCAUCAGUGCAUCAGGGGCAAUUUCUUGGAGUUUAUGAAUGUGAGAUCAGAAUUGGGCCCAGUAAGGUGUUUCCUAAAUACAGUGUCGGGACUGCAAUUUUUCUACAAUAAAUUUCAUUGUGAAAACUGGUGGGAGAAUACUCUGCUGCAUUGUCCUCAGUCUGCAGGUUAGAAUGCAUGAACACAUUUUUGUAGUUUGUGUAGUGGUGCAUGCUCAUAAAGACUAUGGCUCAAAAAUCCCUAUUCUGGUUUAGUACAAGUUUCAUAAAGUCGUCUUUGGCCUGCUUGUAGAGCACCAUGCCGCCUGUUGUAGGUGCUGUACCACGAUAGCACUAGGAAUUAGUUGCCUUGUGUAAAAUGGAACAAUAUUAACUCGAUAUUGCCAGCUACAUGUUUGUGAUUUGAAAUGGCAUGGUAAGGAUCAUCAUCGUGUGUUGUGAUGCUCUUUAUGAAGCUUUUAGGGAAAGACAUCUGUGUUCUCUUUUAUCAGGCAGCACAAUUUAUGAAUGUAUGGGGAAAAAAGCAUUAAAAGGUACAAUAUAUUUCUACAGAAUAUAAGAAACGUGCAAUAAAUUGUAACCAAAGGCUCCGAAUGUAUUUUCUGCAUAAAUAGACUGAAUGUAUUGUGAAUGUAGCUAUUACAUUUGUGUCUAAAUCUGCUGUGGUUUUGAGUCCCCAAAGAGAAAUAUGUAGUAUUUUGUCAAUUUACAAGCUGGUUUCUGAGUUGUCUGAUUUUUAUAGAAGCGUUUAUUUUAUCUGGAAGUACUGUAAUAUUUUAGAAUUUAGUAUAGUAGUAAAGUGAUAAAAUCCAACUUUCAUAUUGUGAAAUACCUAGUCUAGUGCAUACUGAAGCAAGUUUAUUUUUAAAACUGUUGCUAAAGUUAUUGCUUGAUAUUUCAGCUGCCCCGGAUGUAAAUAAUUUGUUUAGAUGUUGUAUUUUGUAUGCAUAUUUUACAUACCGAUAUACUUUCGGAAAAAAGUGGCUAUUUUAAUAAAUUAAGCACACUCUGCCAUUGUGUUCCUGUGAACUUAAAACUCUGCUCAUUUGGCGAGGGAGGAAAAAAUAUAUGAGGCUAAGGGCUAUUUCAGGUACCGGUAUUUCAGGUACCCUUCAGACAGUGAAGGUUUCAAAGCUACUUAAAAAACAUGUUUUUUUGCACAAGAAGCUGCAGCUGGGUGAAGGGGAGCAGCAGCCUGGCUCCCUGCGGAGAGACACCGAGCAGACGGGAGCUGAGCACCACGAAGAGUUUGCGUGAGUAGCUGCGCCGUGCUCUUCGGGAGACGUCUCUGGGACGUCGAGGACCCGGGACGAGAGGAGGCCGGUAGCUGGGCAGCUCGUGUCAGGCUGGACCGUGGCAUGAGCUGCUCCGCCUGAUGAGCCGCUUCAGCAGCCAGUGCGUGGCAGCGGGGGUGGUGGCUCUCGCUGCUGCCCGCUUCCCAGGCGCUCGCUCCCGCUGCCAUCAAGUUCACGGGUCAGGCACACGUCAGAGGAGGCAGGUGAGACUUGCGGGGAGUUUGCUGGGCUCUGCAUCUCCAGCAGUUCACUUUGCUGUGACCUGCGGAUGUGCUGGGGAGGGGAGACACCCGCUAAGCGCUGGGAUCUCGAGAACUCUGGUUGUUCCUAAACCAGAGCUCUGAAGUCUGCAGAGGCUGGGAAAGCACAGAUUCUUGAUGGCCUCCGUUUCCUCAGCUUUGUGAAAAUGGGGAAUAAGCCAUGUCCUGAAGGGCUUCUCAUCCACAGCUGGUAUCGUGUGUGCUUUUUGGCUUCCAGCACUGGUAGGGCAGCGUGCAGUGGAGGAUGAAUAAAUUCUGCUUUGCCGUUCUUCCUCCUGUGCACGUUUACUAGGCUGCUGGUAUGUAGUGAAUAUGGAUAUUGCAUGAAACAUCAAGUUUUUGCUUACAACUGUGAUGCACCUUUAUUACAGUGAAGGAGACGAGAUGCUGAACAAGGGCCUUCCUCCCUAUUUGGGAAACUGCAGCUUCUCUCCCAUGCUGGAGAUGAUCCUUUCUGAGAUCAAGGCUUGAUUUUUUUUUUUUUUUAAUGCCUGUAGUGAGGAGAGAAUACACUUAGCUUUGGCACAUGGUUCGUGUACCUGUGGUAUUGUGAAUUUUGCUCGUCAGCUUUGGCUGAGCUCGCUUCAAUGCACUGGUCACUAGAUGAUGUUCUUUCAGCUGUAAGUUUUCACUGGUGUAAAUCUGAGAGCGAGUCCAGCUCACACAGAGCACUUGAAUUCCCAAGUCCUUGCUUGAAAAUCCCCCCUUAUAUAACCAUAACCUAGGAAUUUAAGUCAGAGUUUAUUCAAAUUACAAGCAUGUCAAAAUGAAAUUCACCACCGUACUUCAAAACAGUAUUGAGACUUCCAUUGCCUUUGAACAGUAUUUUGGUCUUUUUUUCCUCUAAACAUUACACUAAAGGAGAUUGCUCGUGAGUUCUGCCCUUCUUCCGUAGAAAAUGGGAACUCACCCAAGUGCACUCUUACCUUUUGGUAACUGCACGUUUCAAGAAUGUUUUACUUGCCAGGUAUGACACAGUUUGUAAAACGUGUGUACUCGAUUUCUUGAAGGAAAGCGGUAGGUCCAGCGCAGGUCCUCAGCAAACCGAAGGCAGCCGGUGGCCUGUUGGUGAGUGUCGGCUGCCACCCCCCGGCCGCUGCUGUACCUGGCGGGUUUCCUUGGCUCUGGGGUUAGAGCUGAGUGGAAAACACUGCAAGGAAGAAAAACGAAAUCCUGCCCUUCGGGUAGUGUGUAAAAUUCCUGCUUCCUUGCAUUUCCCCUUUGUAGCACAUGCGACUGGCGAAAGGAGCCGCUUAGCUCCUGCUGCCAUGAUGUGUGCCUUGCUACGUGGGCUGCUGCCUGCGCGCUGAUGACCCCAGGUUUCAGCAUCGGGCUCAGUGUUUGGCAUCUCAGCAAGGUACCAAACACUUUAAUGUGGGGAGAGGUGUUCAAGAGAAACUACCGAGUGGGAGGAUUUAAAUCACGUGGCUAAGCUUUGGGUAGAAAAGAGAAAGGGCUAAUUCUUCAUUUUCUUGUGUUAAGGUAAACAGAAGUCCCCAGAGCAUCAUCAGUGUAAAGCUGCUAUCAAAGAGAAAAGAAGCUGGCUCCAAAAGUCCAUGAAGCUACAGGUUCAUGUCCUGUAGAAAGCAAUUCAUUUCUUGCUCCUUCUGCCUGGGUAAUGAUGCAAUAUAAUAGCUGGCAAACUGCAUUUACAGAACUGUGCUGUAAGAGGUGCUUAUCAAAUUGAUGACUCCUGCUAGCAAGUGCAAUAGAGCCAUCAGAGCAGGCCUGGUAGUCCCUUCUGCUGUGUGAGGAUUAUCUCCUGACAUCUAGUCACAGGAAGAACACGGGUCCAGAUCUUUCUCUAGUAUGGACUGGCAUAGCUCCAGCAGCCCUCAUCGGGAGGACACCAACUCGUGCAUGAAGCUGUACACAAAUGGUUUAUCUUUGAUAUGGCUUGCUUUAGUCAGAUCCAGUUCCUUGGGUGACUCCUCUGGGCCACAAAGACACGUAGUUGCUAUCUUCAAAGAAGACAAAGAGACAUUUGGGUUUGAAAUUCAGACUAUUAGAUUUCCACACCAAAAUGACUACUCUCAGGAGGUGUGCACUUGCGUCUGCAAAAUUCAAGAAGAAAGUCCUGCCCAUCUUUCUGGCCUUCAGAUUGGUGAUAUCCUUGCCAGUAUCAAUGGAGUGAACACUGAUGGUUUUAGUCACAAGCAAAUAGUAGACCUGAUAAAAUCUUCAGGGAAUUAUUUAAGAUUAGAGACCGUCAAUGGGGCCCUGUUUUUGAGAAAAAUGGAACUUGAAACUAAGCUGCAGUUAUUGAAGCAAACUCUGCAGCAAAAAUGGGUGGAGCUCCGCUCUCUGCACUUACAGGAACAGCGUUUGCUGCACGGGGAAGUGAAUGACAACGUUCUCCUGAAUGCUCUGGAGUUGGAAGAGUCCAAUUUAUUUGGUAGCUGUAACAUGCCAGGACCGGUCUUUCCGGUUAAGCCUCGCUUCUCCAGCGAGAGCAGCUCUAAAAGCCGCCUGAGUUCGAUGACGGUGGACAGUGAGGACAGCUUCUACCACACCAGUGCGUUUGAUGAUUCUGCCGCGGAGAGCCUGAGCCGUCAGUCGAGCAUGGAUGAUGACUGCUUCUUCCCCAGGGACAGCGACGGCACUGCGGGGAGGUCUUCCCUGAGGAGGAACAGAAGCAUCAGCCUGGCCAGCAGUGGGUCCAUGUCCCCGCUGUGGGAGGGAAGCAGCUGCCCUAAUAAUUUUGGGACGCUCCCACGGAAAAGUAGGAGAUCAAGCGUCCGAAAGCAUCUUUUGAAAUUCAUUCCCGGCCUUCACCGAGCAGUGGAAGAGGAAGAAAGUCGGGUCUGACAUCGUACGUGUCAUCUUUGAGGUCUGGGCUCUGCAAGUAAGCCUGCGGUGUGGCCUGGGACUGAGUGCAGCACCUCAGCCAGAAACAUAGCAGAUAUGUUUUUUCCACUCCUCACACAACCUUACAACAUGACUGAUGAUAUUUAAAAUGCUCUGGUUUUUUUCUUAAUUAUUAUUAAUCACAACACACUGUGGACCUCUUCAUUAACAAGAAAAAUGGCUAACUCUGAAAUGUGAAGAACCUUUGCAAAACUUUCUCAGCAUAUUUAGUAUUAAUAAUAGUUUUUAACUGUAUGCAAAAGUUAUAGCUAUUUAUUUCCUGUUACUGAAGUCACAGUCUUCAAAGCUCUUUAAUAAAGCAAGUGCUUCUACUAAAA